UCGGCUUUCACCUGGCCGAUCGGCGCGAGCGUGCGCGUCCGUGCCUCAUAUACACUGUAUACAUCGUUAUACACUCUGUGCUACUCUUCUCGCUUAUCCUUCUUCCUUUAGCAUCGUUGCUGGUAUCGUCCUGAAAGAUACGAGAGAGGACGGAAGGACCACCAUGAGAUCGGUUCGCUGACGGCGUCUGCUGCGCCUGCGAGAAAGAGAGAGAGAGAGAGAGUACGAAAUACAGGAUCGACGAGCGCCGGAGACCAGCUGCGGUGAAGAGAAACAGCGAGAAUGUCGAAGAAUCAUUUACAUCAGCAAAAUGGCUCGGUGCCCGGGGGCGGCGGUGGCCCCGAUGACUUUUCGGACGACGACGACAGCACACCUCUCACCCAGGACUACAUGGGCAGUCAAAGAACCGUGGUGGAGACAAAAGGAUGGGACGUGUUCCGGGACCCACCGCCGAAGAUCGACUCUGGCUCGAUGGCGAAUCAGAGAUGCCUCGAGAUCAGCGUCCAGAUAACAAAAGCCGUGGUCUAUCUUCUAGUCUUCGUAAUAGUCCUGGGCAGCGGUAUCGUCGCCAAGGGGACCAUCCUCUUCAUGACCUCGCAGCUCAAGGCCGGCCGCACCGUCUUCUACUGCAACCGGCAGUUGGGUCGUGACAGACAGUUCGUGGUGACGUUACCGGAGGAGGAGCGGAUAGCCUGGUUCUGGUGCAUCGUGAUAACGUUCGCCGUGCCGGAGAUCGGCACGCUCUUCCGCAGCAUACGUAUGUGCGUCUUCAAGUCGUGGAAAAAGCCCCUGUCCUCGCACUUCAUGCUCGUCUUUGUCAUGGAGACGUUCCACGUUGUGGGUCUGGCGAUGAUGUUCAUAGCGGUGCUGCCUGAUCUCGAUGUUAUCAAGGGAGCCAUGAUCACCAAUUGCGUAUGCUUCGUUCCUGGAUUGUUAGGUAUGAUGUCGAGAAACAAGAACAAGGACGAGUCACGUCGUUUUGUGCUAGUCCUGGUGGAUCUGGCAGCCCUGGCAGCUCAGGCGACAGGUUUCGUCGUGUGGCCUUUACUCGACAGAAAGAACCCGUCUCUCUGGCUCAUACCACCCGCGCUUAUACUCGUUUCCUGCAGAUGGUGGGAGAACUACGUGUCGAUCCAGAGUCCAAUUGGUAUCAUAAAGUCUCUCAGCCGCGUGAAAAGAGACCUGAUCCAGACGCGCUACUUCACCUACAUCUUCAUCUCGGUCUGGAAGAUCAUCGCGUUCGUGAUAAGUAGCCUGGUGAUCAUACACAUGAAGGGUGAAAACGUUGGCCAUUUCUUUACCAUGCUGGGCACUGCAUUCAGCGAGCACAAGAUCACUGUUCAGACCGUUAAAACCGACGGCGGCGGAGCCAUACCUGAUCUGCUCGAGAUCCUGCCGAACGGCGAGACCGAGAUCGUCGAUGCCGAUUUCCACACGCCCAUAUAUUUAAUGCUGCUGUGCAUCUUCUGCGCUUACUUCAUGUACAUCUUCGGUAAAUUCGCUUGCAAGAUCCUGAUACAGGGCUUCAGCUACGCCUUCCCGGUAAACCUAACUAUCCCCGUAUCGGUGUCUCUGCUGAUCGCGGCCUGCGGUCUACGCAACGGAGACCCCUGUUUCUUCCACGGCACGAUUCCCGACUAUCUGUUCUUCGAGUCGCCUCCGCCUUACUUCCUCAAUGACUUCGUGUCCAAACAAUAUGCUUGGGUAUGGCUGUUGUGGCUCCUGUCCCAAACCUGGUUCACCAUUCACAUAUGGACCCCUAAGUGCGAGAGGUUGGCUGCCACCGAGAAGCUCUUCGUCGUACCCAUGUAUGAUGCUCUGCUUGUGGACCAGUCAAUGGGACUCAACAGAAAGAGGGACGAUCAGCCGGAAGUAAAAGUUGAGGACCUAGCGGAGAUCGAGAAAGAGAAAGGUGACGGCGAUUACGAGACGAUCUAUGAACAGACGGACGGCACGAGUACGCCACCCUCGGCGAUUAAAAGCAGCGAUCACGUGACGCGCAUCUAUGCAUGCGCGACCAUGUGGCACGAGAACAAGGAGGAGAUGAUCGAGUUCUUGAAGAGUAUCCUCAGGCUCGACGAGGACCAGUGCGCCAGGAGAGUCGCCCAGAAGUACCUCAAAGUCGUCGAUCCCGAUUACUACGAGUUCGAAACUCACAUAUUCUUCGACGACGCGUUCGAAUUGUCGGAUCACGACGAGAACGAGUCACAGGUGAAUCGUUUCGUGAAGCUGCUGGUCAACACUCUGGACGAGGCUGCCUCGGACGUGCACCAGACCCGGAUGUACGUGAGGCCACCGAAAAAGUACCCGACACCCUAUGGUGGUAGACUCGCCUGGACACUGCCCGGAAAGACCAAGAUGAUCGCGCAUCUGAAGGACAAGAGUAAGAUUCGUCACAGGAAAAGAUGGAGCCAGGUGAUGUACAUGUACUACCUUCUCGGUCACCGUCUUAUGGAGUUGCCGAUCAGCGUCGAUCGUAAGGAAGUGAUAGCUGAGAACACCUUCCUCCUGACCCUCGACGGUGACAUCGACUUCCAACCGUUAGCCGUGAAGCUUCUGGUCGAUCUCAUGAAGAAGAACAAGAAUCUUGGUGCAGCUUGUGGUCGUAUCCAUCCGGUUGGCUCAGGUCCUAUGGUCUGGUACCAGAUGUUCGAGUACGCCAUUGGUCAUUGGCUGCAAAAGGCUACCGAGCACAUGAUCGGUUGUGUACUUUGUAGUCCUGGCUGCUUCUCCCUGUUCAGAGGCAAAGCUCUCAUGGACGACAACGUCAUGAAGAAGUACACCACGAGGUCCGACGAAGCUAGACAUUACGUGCAGUACGAUCAGGGCGAGGAUAGAUGGCUUUGCACGCUUUUGCUUCAGAGAGGCUAUCGGGUCGAGUAUUCAGCUGCUAGUGAUGCUUAUACUCACGCGCCCGAAGGUUUCAACGAAUUCUACAACCAACGUCGUCGAUGGGUGCCUUCUACAAUCGCCAACAUUAUGGACCUGCUGAUGGACGCGAAGCGAACUAUCAAGAUCAACGACAACAUUUCCAUGCCCUACAUCUCUUACCAAAUACUCCUCAUGGGUGGUACCAUCUUGGGCCCUGGUACGAUCUUCCUUAUGUUGGUGGGAGCUUUCGUCGCAGCCUUCAAGAUCGACAACUGGACCAGUUUCUACUACAACAUUAUUCCUAUCCUACUGUUCAUGCUCAUCUGUUUCACCUGCAAAGCUAGCAUACAGCUACUAUGCGCGCAAAUACUCUCGACGGCAUACGCGAUGAUAAUGAUGGCGGUGAUAGUCGGUACAGCGUUACAGUUGGGGGAGGACGGUAUAGGUUCGCCCUCGGCGAUAUUCUUGAUAUCACUGUCGAGUUCGUUCUUCAUAGCAGCCUGUCUACAUCCGCAAGAAUUUUGGUGUAUAGUACCGGGUAUAAUAUAUCUGCUCUCGAUACCCUCGAUGUACCUGUUGCUGAUCCUGUACUCCAUCAUCAAUCUUAACGUUGUCACCUGGGGUACGCGCGAGGUUCAGGUCAAGAAAACGAAGAAGGAACUCGAGCAAGAGAAGAAGGAAGCCGAAGAAGCCAGGAAGAAAGCCAAGCAGAAGUCUUUGCUCGGUUUCCUGCAAAACGGCGUCGGUAACAACGACGACGAUCAAGGCUCCAUCGAAAUCUCUCUGGCCGGUCUUUUCAAGUGUAUGCUCUGUACCCACGGUAAACCGUCCGACGAGAAGCAGCAGCUCGUCGCCAUCGCCGAAUCUCUGGAGCAACUUGGAAGAAGACUCGAUACUAUCGAGAAAGCCGUGGACCCACAUGGUCACUCAGGCCGCAGACGCGCCUCAUCGGUAGGUUCGCGAUCGGCGGACCAUCUCGGAGCGAUCGGUGAAGAUCCUGCCGAGGAAGACGGCCGUGACAGCGAGACUGAGACGAUAGCCAGUCAGAACACGGAGAACAAUCGUGGGGAACUUGGAUUCCCUUCGAGGCCUUACUGGCUCGAAGACGAGUGUUUCAAGAAGGGCGAGGUCGAGGCGCUAUCGAUGCAAGAGGAGAUGUUCUGGAAAGAUCUGCUCGACAAGUAUCUUUAUCCUAUUGAUGAAGACAAGGCCGAGAAGGCGCGAAUUGCCAAAGAUUUGAAGGACCUGCGCGACAGCAGCGUUUUCGCGUUCUUUAUGAUCAACGCCCUCUUCGUCCUGAUCGUCUUUCUGCUUCAACUUAACAAAGACCAAUUGCACGUGAAAUGGCCCUUCGGUAUCAAGACCAACAUCACCUAUGACGAAUCCACCCAAGAGGCAAGGAUAGCAGCGGACCUGAUCGAGCUGAGGAACAAAAGCGUGUUCGCCUUUUUAAUGUUCAAUGCCUUGUUUGUAUUGAUCGUAUUCUUACUCCAGCUGAACAAAGAUCAACUGCACGUCGUUUGGCCUUUGGGCGUCAAGACGAACAUCACGUACAUUGAGGAGACUUCGGAGGUGCACAUUUCCAAGGAGUACUUGCAACUCGAGCCAAUCGGUCUCGUGUUCGUGUUCUUCUUCGCUCUGAUUCUCUUGAUACAGUUCAGUGCCAUGUUGUUCCAUCGCUUCGGAACGUUGUCCCACAUCUUGGCCAGUACCGCUCUUAACUGUUUCAAGAAGCCCACAAACGACUUGUCAGAGGACGCGUUGUUAACAAAACAUGCGGUGGAUAUAGUGAGGGAUUUGCAGAGGCUAGACGGUAUGGAGGGCGACUAUGACGAGGGUAGUGGAAGUGGUCCUGGUAGACGAAAGACGAUUCGAAACCUGGAGAAGAGCAGAAAGAAAACGCAGGCGAUCAACACGCUCGACGUCGCUUUCCGUCAACGUUUCUUCAGUAUGGCUGAGGGACAAGGCCUUCCACGCAACAUGUCAACUCGUCGCUCGACGAAAGCUUUCAAAGCUUUCGAAGGUCGUCGCAACAGCAUAAUGGCAGCGCAGCGCCGCAAGUCCCAGAUGCAGACCCUAGGUGCGAACAAUAUUUACGGGGUCGCCGGUAACCCUCUGGGCAUCCAACCUCGACCCACGAGAAGCAGUCAGAUAUCGGUGAAGGACGUGUUCGAGAAUCACGGAGCACACACCAAUGCCGGUUACGAGGCCGACGAGAGUCCCCAAAACAGUCUGAGGUUGCGGCCACUGGAGAACCAUCAGAUCGCCUGGCGCGAACCGAACUCAAACCUGUGAGCAUAAGACUUUGAUACGAAGGCUUUGUGUUGAAAGGAUUUUCGAGAAGUGAAAGUUGUGCUUCGAAAAAGCUCGAGAACCAGACUUACUGAAUUUAUGUUUGCUUUUGAAAUGCUGACAAUUCUAAAGACAGCAAAGAGCGAAUCCGGGUGAACUGCUUAUAGAAGAAAAAACUUCUUGAUCAAGCUGCAUCACUUUUUUUCUUCUUAUGAAGGUAGUCUAUAGUAAGCGUACAGAAAGAUCUAAACGAAUUUUUAAGUUAGUGUUGCAUACGUAUGUAUGUAUGCACAUGCCUUCACUUCAUUUUUAAACUUUUUUAUCUGAUAAAAUUGUUUAAAAACUGUCUUGAUAAGAUUUAAGCACUGAUGACUAUAUUUUUAGGAUGAGAAAUCGCAUUUGAAAAUGCAUUUGAUAAUAUUAGUCGACUACCAUAUAGUUGUUCGAGAUACUAGAUUGAAUUUUAGGUAAAAUGAAGGAAUACUCAAUCAAAACAAUGCUUAGAUUGCUUAAAAUUGAAUAGCAUUUUCACACGAAAAAAGCUGACAUGACAAUACUCAAUUAUUUUUUACCAUGACAAACAUAAGAAUUACUUUAAUGAUUACCAUUCGAAGUGAUAUUAAUUGAAUAAACAUUGUACAUGUUUAGUGUUAAUGAAAAUGUGAAAAUUUUUAUGAAGAAAUUUUCAUUAAUUUAAUAAAAAAUUAGUUUUGAUACGUUGAAUUGUUAUCAAGAUUAACGAGGAGAUUAUAGGACAUAAGUUUUUUUUUUAAUUCAUAGAAAAAAAUCAAUUAAUAUAAGAAACAGCAAGUUACAAAAAAAAUUAACUCAAACCGUCGAAUUUAGUGUAACUCUAAUCGAGGUGGUUCAUGAUAAAAUCGCUAGCAUGGUUGUGCUCACUUUGUUUUAAAAACAGUGUGUAUAAUGAAGUAAAGAGCAAAAUACAUGCUUAUAAUAUGUAUUUGCAUAUAAUUAAGGAUUUUUUUAAUCAACACCAUUUUCUGCAACGUUUUUACCGGAUAAUCUCGUUUAUCCUACUUUUUAAUAUUUUUGUAUAUGUGAUCGAAUGAGAAUGUGUUAUUUAAAUUAUGUGCGUGUCUGGUAGACGAAUGUCAAAGGUGUAUCUUAUUUUCUGUUGCCAGAGUGCUUGUAUGAAAACUGAGAGAUUAUUAGUUUUGUAAUAGAAAAAAUUGUAUGAUUGUUUGUAAUUCAUGAUCAUUAAUGAUUAUAAAUACAAUUUCUUUAUAUUAG